AUGGUGUCACCUCGGACGUUCCCAUUCGCGCGGCCCAGAAACUCCACCAAGCAGAAGACCAAAAAAGGUACUCGGCUGCCACCGCCACUCAAACUCGAAGACAGCUUCCUCCGCGCUCAGGUCGAAAAGGAUAUCAGCCUGGCAGGCCCGCUCCUCAUAGCCGUGCGUGGUAGUAUUUCGGAGCCCACAGGAAAUACCGAGAACAAAGGCCACACGGAGCUAGAGGAAGUGCCGGUUAACAUGGAAGUGUCACUCGCGCAGCCACCACAGGCCGAGGAAGAGCCUGCAGAAUGCCCGGAACCUCCUGCGGAGCCGCUGGAGAUCCCUACGCCGGAAACAACGAACCAUCAACGAGAUGGAUCGACGGACCUAUCCUCCAAGAGAAGUACACUUGAACGAUCCACAUCCACAUUCACACAACCUCGUCCAGUUUCCCCACAAGAAUCACUGCGAACGAUCAUCUGCCUGGAUACACCCAACGCCUCCGAUGACGAAGAGUCCGAUAUUUCGCCGCUAUCCGACCAACUUCCACUCACAGCAUCGCGGCCCGGUGCUGCGCUGCGCCGCUUUUUCCCGGAGCUGUCCUCCAACCAUUUCUCUCUGGUGUCCCCGAUGGGUACUGGUGCUGAUGAUCGGAAUACGAGGCCGGAGUAUCAGUCCAUCUCCGAGACCGAGCUCUACGAGCGGGUUCACACCCUGUAUAAAAACUCGGCCGAUGCCGUGGAGAGCCCUUCGGGCGAGGUGGAUCGAGCCUUGGAGCAGAAGACGGGGUCGUCAUCUGGCUCGGGCUCGGAUGGCAUAUUCGACUGUGCCUCGUCCUGCUAUAGUCGCCGCACUUCCAUCACCAGUGUGGGCACCGAGUGUGUGAAUCCCGCGACAAAUGCCUGCGAAGUCUACUCCAUCAUCUCUCCCGUCACGGCCGGUGUCUUCGACGAUGCAGGGUCGUUGUGCCCUUCGCGGACUUCGUCAUUCGCAUCGCGAGUGCCAUCCACGAAAGCGCCACCCUCGGCCUAUCCCGCGAGCUCACUCUACCCGCCGAGCUCGAUCCAGCUAUCCCGGCGCAUCUCGGUUGCCUCGAAGCUGUCGCUGAACGACCUCAAGAACAAGCCCCUUCCUCUCGAACCCGUCCAAGAGCCCAGCCCGUUGGCGAUCCGCCGCAACGACUACGCCCCGGUAUCCGCAUCGACGGAAAUAUCACGAUCGACUGGAUUCCACUCGACAUAUCGUCAUCCCAAAAAGCAGCACUCAGCGACGACCUUGAACCGGAAGCAGUUCGGACAGGCAUGCCAAACAUGCGGAGGAUGCGGAGGUAACAGUGGAAAUUCCUCUCGAGGUCGUCGGGGCCGACCCUCAGAAUGGAUGGAAGCGACAAAUGGCCAGCGACUACGCCAUAUCCCGACCCUAGAGCAAGCUGCAGAGGAAUUGGAAUAUGCCUUGGCCGACCUGGCAAAAGAUCCGCAUAUGAAGCAGCGGACCCUGCUAGUUCGCGACGCGACCAGCACCACUGCCCCCUCGACCAAGCCACACUCCAAGUCGCACCCAUCAAAACCCUUUAAGAAGAGCAAGAGCAUCCACACAAAGGUCAAGCCGACUGAAAAUGCAUUAAAACCUCAAUCGGGCACGCUCAAGUCCAAGCACACAACCAAGGACAAAUCUCCUCCCCUGCCAGACAAGGAUCAUCUCAGUAACAAAGACGAGGCCAAGGACAAAACCACCCCCAAACCCCCGAAGUCCCCCAAGACUCCGACGGCCCCCGAACUCAAGGAAGAGAGACGGCCAGCCGGCGGUUCCAACUCCAAACCCACUGAGGACACCAAAAAGCUCAAGAUGAAGAUGUCCUUUAAUCUGAGCAUGCCGUCCUUUAAACGCACGCACCACUCCCGGGCGACGACCCUGCAGGAUCCCCGUCUGAGCGUCGUGUUGAGUUCGCGGUCCGAGGCUUCCUUGCCAGACCCACCGCACACUCCCGGCCAGACCCGCCCGGACGCCGCCUCGCGACUGUCUUCACACUCAGACUCCAGUCUGGAACUGGAUGCAGGCGCGGCCUCCAAGCGGGACGAUCUGCUGCUGCAACUCCCGCGCCUGCAGACUCAGGACCUGAAUCUCGAGGAUCCAGUUCACCUGUUGAAUUUGUCCCAGAACAUAAUUACACAACCCCAGCAGCAGCAGCAGCAACAGGGGGCCGCCCCCUCGUCGUGCGCCCCCAGCCCCAGCCCCACGCACCCGCAACAUCAACAGACCCACCCCGCAAGCUCGGCUGCCACGGCGAGCGGCGAUGCCAAAGUGUCGACUGUCGAGCUGCGCAUCACGCCGCCCGAGGAUGGGAAGAUCCUAGUCGCCAGUGAAAGAAUGCGGCACACGCGCGCGUUUGUCCCGACGGCGCAGGCGAGCAGCGUGCAGCUCCCGUCUGAGCAGAUCUACGAGCUUGCAGCCACGCCGCCCUCGCCCUCCUCCGUGAUGCAAGCAAUAUUUGCGGAGAGAGACCAGGUCCGCGUCGACUCCCCCGUCGACUUCCCUGUCAACUUCUCCGUCGACUUCCCCGUCGAGAUGCCGGAGCACCUGGUCAUCCUGAUCAUGGAGCGGAUCGACUCCCUAGACGACCUGUUCAACUUUGUCCUAGUCAGCAAGCGCUUCUACCAGAUCUUUAAGCGCCGCGAGCUGUCCUUUAUCAAGAGUGCGCUCUUCCGAAUGUCCCCUCCUGCUUGGGAGUUGCGCGAGAUGAGUCCGCCGUGGGUGACGGAGUGGCAGCUUUUGCUGGAGCCGGAUGCCCCGCUGCCGGAGUAUACGCCGGGGCUGUAUUUGGAUCGGUAUGCGCGCGACAUUUAUACGCUCGCGCAGUUGAAGUCGAUGAUCCUGGUUCGCUGCUCGCCCUUCUUGCGCCGCGAUACAGUCAAGGGUCUCUCCGGCGUGGACCACUUGCGCGCGGAGGAGGUCGACGAUGCCUUCUGGCGCAUCUGGACGUUCUGUCGCAUUUUCGGUAGCGGGAAGGGCCGUGAGAAUGAUUUGGAGGGUCAGAUGGACUGGUUGAAAGGUGGACCGAAAGCCCGCAGCUCCGUUGGGGCGUUGCCGACCAUGACCGAGCCCUUUGGCAUGAACAAUGUUCUAUUUGAGCCACCGCAGGGCUUCGCGCGUGGAAACACUCUCGCUGGCCUGUCUGCUAAGCAGCUGUACGAUAUGACGGAGAUUUGGACAUGCCUCGGUGUGCUGUUGCAGCCUCUGCAUGGCCAGUGUGUUGAGGCUAGGAAAGCUGGCAUCUACCGCGGAUUGGAUGUGCCGGAAGGUGACGCUGUUCGCGAGGAGAUUGUGCUCGGUAAGUGGUCAAGCGACAGGCAGCCCAUGGAAGUCGACCGGCUAACUCAUUUACUUUUCACAGAGGAGUGGACAGCAUACGUGCUUACGCUCGGCCUCUCAGCGGCCCUGGCACUCAGCUCGCUCUGCCCUGCCGAAGCCACCGCCGCUACUUUCAACAAGGCCCAAUCCGCCGGCCUGACCAAAUGGGUGCCCGCCGAAACUGAAUCCAGCCGCUCCUCCUUCCUGAAGGAAGCCGUCUCGCGCGUGUACGAGGAACAAGAGCGUUCUCUCUCCUCCAGCAGCCCGCACGAGCCGCACCUCGAGCGCCGCAAGCAAUUCCAAGAAGAGCUGCGCACCCGCCGCCUGCGCAGCGGACCCAGCUGCGAAGGUGCACCAGGCAUAUCCUUCGCCGAAGAGCGUCCCAUGUCCGAGUUCAGCACAAUCGUUCACGACCUUGACGGGGCCACUCCGCGCGACGCGUCGCCGGUCCCGCCUCUCCCACCCGUCCCAUCCCUGACGUUUAACCGCCGUUCCUCCUCAACGGCCAGCGCAGGCCCUCGCACACCCGCCCGUACCCCACCGCGCUCUCUCACCCCCGAAUCCAUCCUCCCCAUCCCCCGCAGCCCGCCCUUCGAAGCCGCCCUCCUGCCCCCGCCGCUCCGCCCGCAAGUCCAAGACCCCGUUGACCGGGCGCUCGCCCACAUGGUCAACGAACUGGGCUUUGAUCCGGAUGACGUGAAAUGGGCGCUCAAGAUCACCGAUACCGGCGAGGGCAUCGAUGUCGAAGCCGCCGAGCAGCUGCUGAAGCACCAGAAGCGCAAGAACGAGCAAAAUCCGUUUGCGCCGCGCGGCAAGGACAGUUUGCUUAGGUCCGUAAUGAAGCGCCAAGGCUCGCAGGACUCGGGCUGGCGCUGGGCUUGA